AGCGAUUCUUUUCUGGUCUCCCAACCUCUGUCCAGCCUACAGGAUGGCAUCUCUGCGGGUCCCUGGGAGUCUCUGGGCAGCAGCUGUGGCAGUGGUGCUGAUGGGGCUGACAUUCUCUGGGGCCAGGGGCCGGGAAACUCCAGAACAAUUCCUGCUCCAGGCCAAGUUUGAAUGUUCCUUCCACAACGGGACAGAGCGGGUGCUCCUUGUGCACAGACACAUCUACGACCGGCAGGAGAUCGCGCGCUUCGACAGCGAUGGGGGCCUUUACGUGCCAGUGACUGAGCUGGGCCGCCCGGACGCCCAGUACUGGAACGGCCAGAAGGACAUCAUGGAUCAGAGACGGGCCGAGGUGGACACAGUUUGCAGGCACAACUAUGGCGUGUUUGAUCGCUUCUUGGUGCAGCGCAGAGUCCAGCCCAAAGUGAAGGUCUCGCAGGCAAAGACAAAGCCCCUGGAGAGACACCAGACGCUCGUCUGCUCUGUGACGGGGUUCUACCCAGGAGACAUCCAAGUCCAGUGGUUGCGGAAUGGACAGGAGCAGACGGAGGGUGUCGUGCACACGGAACUGAUGCGUCACGGAGACUGGACCUUCCAGGUCCUGGUGAUGCUGGAAACGACCCCCAAGGGUGGAGACGUCUACACCUGCCACGUGGAGCACAGCAGCCUGCAGGGCCCCGUCACCGUGGAGUGGAGAGCCCAGUCUGAAUCUGCCCGGAGCAAGAUGCUGAGCGGAGUCGGGGGUUUGGUGCUGGGGCUCAUCUUCCUCGCCGUGGGAAUCACCGUCCACUUCAAGGGCCGGAAAGGACACUCAGGCCCUCAGCCUACAGGACUCCUGAGGUGAUCUCUCCAGCUGUGCGUCUCAUCCUCCAGAGAAGCUGGUCCUGUAGCUUUGGAAGUGCCCCUGUGCCUGAUUCAACUCCUCCAGUGCUCUACAUCCCUCUGGGCCUCGACUUCUCCCUUCCCCGCCCUCGCCGGCCCCCCUCCCUGACUGUCCUGGAAACCUCUGUCCCUUCUGGAUCUUGCGUUCUAUGGGGAUGGAGGGAGUCAAUCUCUGACCUUCCCACCUCUUCAACAAGGGAUGUGGCAGACAACCCUUCCUCUGAGCCGGUGCUCCGACUGCUGCUGCUUCUCUGGUCCAACCCAACCCUGAUUUGAUGUCUUGGUUCCUGAAACCUUUAUCUUAUUAAAACACGGGCCUGA